AUGGCCGUUCAGCCGGCGCGGAGCUUCGAUGAAGCAAUUGCAGUUAAGCCUUUGUCGUCUCACACGUAUGCUGCGACUUUGCGGCUGGAGUGGUGCAUAGGGACUGUCCCUCAUGGCGGCUACAUAACAUCCGCUUUCUUAAACGUUGCCUGCACGCAUAUGCGCCUGAACCAUCCUACCAGGCACAAUGGCUGCGCCGACCCGAUGACCAUGCAUCUAACGUUCCUCCGCCGAACGGAAGCUGGCCCUGCCACAUUCCGCGUCGAAGACACUAAACUCGGCGCACGCACCUCAACCUUGCACAUCACGCUCUCACAGACGGACAAAAACGGGGGUCUCCGCGAAGAAGUUGCGGCGUACAUCACCAUGUCCAAUUUCGACACGGAAGAAGGACCCAGCAUGGUCACAGGGUUCGAACUAACUCCCAAACCCGAGCCGGGAAGCGGGGGGUCCGCGCCCGUGGACCUGGCGAAACUGGCCAGGGACGGCAAGGAUGGAGCCUGGUCGCAGUUUGCCGUGGCGUUCACGUCGAUGCGGACGGCGUCCAAGCAGCUUGAGAUUUACACGCCCAAGUCGUUGGAGCGUGUGAAGCGCGGGUUCGUGGAGCAGUGGGUGCGGUUUAAACCGUACGGAAGCCUCGCGCCCUGGACGAAUCCUGCUCUGGGGUUCUUGGUGGAUAUGUUUCCCAUGAUGUUGGAGACGUUUGACUCCAAGCCGUGGGAGAAGAAGCAGGAGCAGAAAAAGGAGGAUGGGACGCGUAGGUUUUGGUAUCCCACUGUGUUGCUCAACGUGGAAUUCAAAAAGAGAUUACCAAAGGAAGGGGUGCAGUGGUUAUACUCCAGAGUGCAUACAAAGACCUUGCAUAACGGAAGAAUGGAUUUGGAUAUCGUUGUGUUGGAUGAGGCCGGAGAUAUCGUUGCGCUGAGCAAUCAUGUUGCAUUGGUGGUUGGCGCGGAAAGGAAUACAAGUGAAAGGGGGAGCAAUGGGAACGGAAACGGCAAGUCGAUUAAGCUAUGA